AUGCCGGACAAGAAGGAGACUUUGGAAGAACGAAAAAAGAGAUACUUCCUCCAGGAAGAUGCCAAAACAGAACGGCUGAAAGACGUCAAAGACAGCACUAAAAGGUUCAAGUAUCUAUUGAACCUUACACAUCUGUUCCGGCACUUCAUUGAUUUGAACGCGUCGAAGGAUAAACAACUGAUGAAUUUGAUUCGCCAGAUUGAUUCGCAGAAGGGCAGCGGAAAACCGAACAAAAAGGCUUCCUCGGGACGAAGACGCAAGUCAGAGAAAGAAGAGGAUGCAGAGCUGAUCCACGACGAGGAAUACGAGGAAGAGACUACUGUUCUGACCGAAUCGCCAAGCUACAUUCAAGGAAAACUACGGGAUUACCAAAUUCAAGGCCUGAACUGGCUCAUAUCGUUGUAUGAAAAUAGGCUUUCGGGUAUUCUUGCCGAUGAGAUGGGACUGGGAAAAACAUUGCAGACGAUUUCGUUUCUUGGUUUUCUACGCUAUUACAAGGGAAUUGACGGACCCUUUAUUGUCGUAGUCCCCAAAUCUACUCUGGAUAAUUGGAGACGAGAAUUUGCUAGAUGGACACCAGAGGUGAAUGUUCUUGUUCUUCAAGGAACGAAAGAAGAGCGUGCAGAGCUGAUAAAUGAUAAACUGAUGCAGGCUGAUUUUGACGUCUGCAUUACCUCCUUUGAGAUGGUCAUUAGAGAAAAAUCGAAACUCGGCAAAAUAAGAUGGGAAUACAUCGUUAUUGACGAAGCCCAUAGAAUCAAAAAUGAGGACAGCGCGUUGUCCCAAAUCAUUCGUGUAUUCUACUCCAAGCAUAGACUUUUAAUAACGGGUACGCCUUUGCAGAACAAUUUGCACGAGCUUUGGGCGCUUCUGAACUUUAUACUGCCAGAUGUUUUUGGUGACGACGAGGUGUUCAACGAAUGGUUUGAGAGUCAGGGAGAAGAAGAUCAGGAUAAAGUUGUGCAAAAAUUGCACAAGGUUCUUUCUCCUUUCCUUCUGCGAAGAGUCAAGAGCGAUGUGGAAAAAUCCUUGCUACCGAAAAUCGAGACCAAUGUGUACGUCGGCAUGACUGAUAUGCAAAUCAAGUGGUAUAGAAAUUUGCUCGAAAAGGAUAUUGAUGCUGUCAAUGGCGCUAUCGGAAAGAGAGAAGGAAAGACAAGGUUGCUCAACAUUGUGAUGCAGCUGCGUAAGUGCUGCAACCAUCCGUAUUUGUUUGAAGGUGCAGAGCCAGGUCCACCUUAUACAACAGAUGAGCAUCUGGUUUACAACAGUGGUAAGAUGAUCGUGCUGGAUAAGCUGCUUAAGAAGCUACAAAGCGAGGGUUCCAGGGUCUUGAUCUUCUCUCAGAUGAGCAGAUUGCUAGAUAUCCUGGAGGAUUACUGCUAUCUUAGAGGCUACCAAUAUUGUCGAAUUGACGGGUCCACUGCACACGAGGAGCGAAUUCAGUCGAUUGAUGAUUUCAACAAGCCAGGUUCUGACAAAUUUAUCUUUUUGCUGACGACAAGGGCUGGUGGCUUGGGUAUUAAUUUGACCACGGCUGAUGCUGUUAUUCUUUACGAUUCUGACUGGAAUCCUCAAGCGGAUUUGCAGGCAAUGGACAGAGCUCACAGAAUUGGACAGAAAAAGCAAGUCAAGGUGUUCCGUUUCGUGACUGAAAAUGCUAUAGAGGAGAAGGUCUUGGAAAGAGCAGCACAAAAGCUGCGUCUAGAUCAGCUGGUGAUCCAGCAGGGUCGUGCUAAUAACAAGGCCACUUCACAGACCAUUGGUAACACCAAGGAUGAUCUGCUUGGAAUGAUUCAACAUGGUGCGGAGGACGUCUUCAAAAACAAGGUCAACUCUGUAGGCUUGGAUACCGAUAUCGAGGCCAUUUUGAAUAAAGGAAAACAAAAGACAGAGAGUCUGAAUCACAAGUACGCAAAGCUCGGGUUAGACGAUUUACAAAAUUUCACAUCAGACUCCUCGGCCUAUGAAUGGAAUGGAGAGAAUUUUGCCAAGAAGGAGCAUUCCACUAUAAACUUGUGGGUGAAUCCAAGCAGAAGGCAGAGAAAAGAACAUCAGUACUCUAUCGAUAACUAUUACAAGGAUGUGUUGCAAAACGGUCGUCCGUCCCCUUAUAAAGGACCUAAGCAAUAUAACAUCCAAGACUUCCAGUUCUACCCUCCUCAGUUGAAAGACUUGUUGGAGAAAGAGCAGCUCGCAUACAAAAAAAAGAUCGGCUACCAAGCUCCGCUUUUAGACGGUUUAGACAGCGAAGAUGAGUUUGUGGCCAGUGAUGACGAAACAAAGACUGAUCAGCGUGAGCGCAUGGAGAAAAGCAAGCAAAGGCAGCAAGAAGAGCAACAAAAAAUUGACAAUGCUGAAGAGCUAACUGAAGAAGAGCAGAAACAGAAGGAAGAGUUGCUGACUCAAGGGUUUGCGAACUGGAACAAGAGAGACUUCUUGUCGUUUGUUCAUAGCUGUGCAAGACAUGGAUCCAAAAGCUACGCGGCCAUUGCUGCAGAUCUGCGAACCAAAUCGGUUGACGAUGUCAAAACUUAUAGUGAGGUUUUCUGGCAACGGUACAAGGAAAUUGACGGUUGGGAGAAAUAUGUCAAUCAAAUUGAACAGGGAGAGAAAAAAAUACAGAAGGUUUUGAUGCAGCAAGAGAUUCUUUCUGAGAAGGUGGGACAAUAUGAUGCCCCACUGCAAGAAAUGAACAUAAUAUAUCCUCCCAACAAUUCGAAGCGACUUUAUACGGAAACAGAGGACCGCUUUUUGUUGAUGAAAGUCAACGAAUAUGGACUGAGCAGGAAGAAUUUGUAUGAUUUGAUCAAAGCUGACAUCAUGAGGGAAAACGAGUUUCGGUGCGCUUUCUAUUUCAAGUCUAGAUCGAGCAUCGAACUCAGCAGAAGGGUUGCAACGCUGCUCUUGGCCAUCACCAGAGAGGCCGAGAAUCCUGCUUCGCUGAAACGCAAACCUGCUCAUAAAAAGGUGUCGGUGGAACCGACGGACUCUGAGGAGCGAGACCUCAAGAAAGUCAAAAAAUAG